ACUUACAAUGUGAUAUUGAUAUCUAUAUACAACUUCAAGUUGCAGUUAGGUUUAGGUUCAACAAUAACUUUAAAAUAUUUGUAUUUAUUUAGUAGGUAUUUGCCAUUUAGUACGUAUUACGUACAUAGGUAGUAGGUACCUACUAAAUGCUAAUACCUAUUAUAUAGUAUGAUUUCUGGUUUUGAAUUUGAAUUUAUUUGUAAUUGAAUUUCAUUAAGCUUUUGAACGUAUUAUCUAUUUUCUCUUGUUAAUCAUUACCAAAUACCAUAUCACAUAGUAAUAGUAGUAUAGUUCGUGUUACUAUUAGUGAACUACCAAAAUGGAGGUUAAAAAUCCACAAGUAGCCGUACUCUGUAACAACGAGGUUUAUGAAUUACUAAAAAAAACUCAAGAAAAUACAAAACUCAUUGGAGGUAUGAACCAUUCAACAAUUUUAUAUGAGGUUAACAAAUAUUUAGAGCAAAGAGCAUGUGCAGAACAAAAUGCAAAUAAAAUAAGAGAAUUCCUAAUCGAAUUAAAACAUAUGCCAAUCAGUCUGACAAAAAAGGAAAAACUGAUGUUAGUUAACGAUCCACCAGACUCAGUUUUACGAUUAUCCUUGGGUAUCAAAGAUUUCUAUGAUAGACUCAGCGAACCAGAAACUGAAAUGUUAUUAUAUGCUACAAAAAAAUUUUCUGGAGAGUUAGAAAUUAUUACUAAACAAGAACUAGUAGAAGAAGAAGAACAAGAAGUUAAUUAAUCUAUGGUUUUUUAAAAUAGCUAAAAAAAUUCAAGACUGAUAUUGAUAAUACAAUUUUACACAAGUAUUUGUGCAUCUUAAAUUUAUUAUGUGACAUUUUUUAAAGUUAAAUUUGCUUUUGGAACAUUAUAGCUCUUGAGUAUGCUUGUAAGACUAAAAAAUAAAGCAGUUUCAAAAUUAUCUGAUGAUCGCUAGCAUUAAAAAUACCUUAUGAAUUGUAUUAUGAAGUUUGGCUUUUGAGAAUAUCUUAUCAAUUUCAAUUUUUCAAACAAACAUAUAUUCAUCAUUCAGAUUAUUUAAAUUGCAGUUGCAUAAUAUUUUCUUGAUUUUUAUGAAUCUACAUGCUCCAGAUAUUUUGUUGUUCAAAAUCAAAUUUAUUUUUCUGUUCCAUAGCCUGUUAUAUAACUGCUGUUAUUCUAAUAACUUGUAUUGAUCUAUUUCUAAAAUAUCAAACAUCAUUUUGAAAGUUCUUCGUUAAUACAUCUUAACUAAUAAUAAUAAUGUGGUAACCUUCGAGCCCAUUGAGUAAAUGUAACUUAAUUUCAUAGAUGGAGGUGUAAUUAUGUAUGGAUUAUU